AUGACAGCCGUUGUGAGCACGGCGCCCUUUACGGUGGUCGACCCCCUCGCCAAACAUUUCAAGGAGAGUGUAGGCGUCAACGUGGAGGAAGUCGACAUCAACAAUACCGACAGGUUCUUGGUCCACUCGCCAUACACUGAUCCCGAGCACCUGCUGGAUCUCGAAACUCUUGACGACGAAAACGCCCUCCUCGCCAGAGCGUUGUCCCGGCUCGAGUGCCUUCGUGAGGACUAUGCCACAGCCGACUACGUCGAAUCCUUUAAUUGGGGGGACGUCAUGGCUGAACUUCAGAAGCUCGUCCAAUCGACAGGGAAAACGUUUAAGGAAACGUCCUUUUACAUCGUUGCGUUCCGCUCGACGAUCCCGCCGUCAACCGUGUACGAAGACCUCGGCGUCCUAGACAAGGCCGCUCAUGCCGAGGCCAACCAAGUCGGAGGAUUUCUCAAAUACUGGUUUGGGAGCCCCGACUCAGAAGGAAGGAAUCUCGCGACUUGCUUGUGGAGAUCGAGGCCGGACGCUGUCAAGGCGGGCCACGGUCCCGCUCAUCGCAAGGCAAGCCGUGCAACAGCGUCCAUGUACUCGUUCUGGCGGAUUGAUCGGCAUCGACUGGUCAUCCGUGAUGGCGCCGAGAGUUGGGAAAUCAUUGACUGGGUUGACUAG